AUUCAUCAAUUUAGUUUGAAUUAUACCAAUAUGAAAUCGUUUUUGUUAAUCGUUGUUGCCUGCGUUGCAGCCACUCAAGCUGCAAUCGAUUGGGAUAAUUUAAGACAUAUGGAUAAUUAUAUCUAUCCAGGUGAAUUAAAACCAAUUCAAGAUUUAGGACUUGAGGGUCGAGUAGUUGGAGGACAUGAAGCUAAAAUUGGUCAAUUUCCACACCAAGUUGGUGUUUUCUUACAAUUAUCAAAUGGACAAGCAUUUUGCGGUGGAUCUUUAAUUUCGAAGAAAUAUGUUUUAACUGCUGCUCAUUGUGCUGAAGGUGUUUCUAACUUCACCCUUGUUCUUGGAGCUCAUAACAUCAGAGGAAACGAUCCAACCCGUGUAGAACUUGAGGCUGGUAAAGCACUCGUUCAUCCAAAAUAUGAUAACAAAAACAUCGUUAAUGACAUUGCUAUCAUCACAUUACCCAAAGAAGUUCAAUUAAAUAAUAAUAUCCAAUUAAUCCGUUUACCAUCCAAAUCUGACAAAAGUUCUCAUGCUGAAGAACCAUCUAUUAUCAGUGGAUGGGGAAAGCCAACUGACUCUGCAAGCGGAAUCAGCCCCGUGUUGAAGUAUGCAGAAAAUCGUAUCCUCACAAACGAAUAUUGCGGAGAAUUAUUAUUUGGACGAGAAGUACCCAAAACUCAAGUAUGCCAAUCUGGUAAAAAUGGAAACAGUGCUUGCAAUGGUGAUAGUGGUGGCCCACUUACCAUUACCGAAAAAGAUAAUGUCAAAACUCAAGUGGGAAUCACUUCAUAUGGAACAAUUUUAGGUUGUUCAAUUGGAUUACCAACCUCAUAUACACGUGUCAGUGAAUAUUUAGACUUUAUUGCUGAAAAUACUGAUGUAAAAUUGAGGCCUUAAUUCCAACUAUUUAUUUAUUUCAAUGUAUUAUACUUUU